CAAAAAGAAGCCACCACAUCAGAAAUACCUGCUACAAAAAAGCCAUCACGACAAUCUCGGGAGCGUAAACAUAAAAGGCAAAAAUGGGAUUACGAGUAUGCGCUUAAUAUGGAUUUUAAUUCGCUGAGGGAAGAAAAGGCCUUUUCUCAAGGAAGGAUGCUUAGAAAGAGAGGCAAAAUAAAUUAUGCUGAAUCAGAUGUAGAAACAAAUUCGGAAUUAGAUUAUGCUGAAGAAAUAUCAACAAAGUAUGGUGGAGGUCUAUGGAAACGACAAAAAUUCAAUGAUAAGUCUAAUAAUUAUUCUGAAAUAGGAUCGCAAUUUGCGAAAAAACUCAAGGAUAAUAAUAGUGGGGCAGAUUCUAAGAAUAUUCUCUCAAGUGAAAUUUCAACUAAGGAUUAUAAUUUAUAUGUGGAUGGUGUAAAUAUACGUACAUCAAUUAAAACCUGGCGUCAGUCGACCAAAUAUGUCGCCGAAAUCAACAAACAAGAUUUGCUAUAUUACAACAUUAUAGAUACGGUCGAAACAUCAGCAACUAAGGCGCGAGUUAUUUUUAAAGAUAAAUUGGUUGAAAUGAUAAAUACUAUUGAAAGUAAUAUCAAUUCAGGAGAAUCAGUAAAUGGAAAGCCACAAAAUGUGAAGAAAUAUAUCAAAGAAUUUAUGAGUAAUAUAGUAAGUGGUUCAGUUACAGAGAAUGUUCUAGAAAACGAGAAGGUUAAACUACUUGAAAAAUAUGAGAAGCAAGCUUUAGAGCUUGCAGAGAUCUUCAAAGAUCAAUUUGAGUAUGGUUGGAACAAUUUUACAGAAAAGCAGACAGAAUAUAAUUUUAUCAUAAAUUUCCUUGUUUCUUAUUUUUUCAAUUGGGGUGAGAAAACACUAAAAGCGUCAGCAGUUUUAAAGAACGAAUUACUUCAAGAUGACUAUAGACGUAGUCAUGGUAAUAAGAUCGACCUUGUCAUAAGCAUUGUCGACAUUAAAUUAGAAUGUAUGAUCAUGGAGGUAUCGGGUUCUCCGAACGAGCAAGAUCAUACCCACUAUGUGGGUGACUGGAACAAAAUAGCUAAAAUGUUAAAAUUAAUUAUAAACUAUACCAUCACCAAGUAUCCUGGCAAUUUCGAAUAUUAUUCUGCUGAUCAGUCUAAAAUUAUAGAUCACAAAUUUUACGUCUAUUCGAUGUGCAUGCCAUUUUCGGCAAUAUAUUAUUUCAAACUUGAACUUAAAUUUGAAUGUCCAAUAACAAUGAGAACACUUUUUAGGGAAUUGCCAAUAUUUGGGCAAAAUUUAUGGAAAAUGAAGGACCUGAUUCAAUCAAGUAUAACGGAAAUUAUAAAAUAUAUUGAUGGUGGAAAAGGUGAAGAAAGUGAUGGAAAAGUUUCAGUCGAUCUGGUCAAUUAA